AUGUUGACCAAGAUCGCGGCCGCCGGCCUUGCGCUGGCUGCCUUCUCACGGGCCGCUACGGUUUCUGUUGACCCUCACACCGAAUACCAGACCUACGACGGUACUGGCUGCUCGGAGGCUUUCCAGCGAUCUCUUCUGGUGCACGAGCUCGCCGAAGACUCGCGAAAUGAGGUGCUCGACUACCUCUUCACCGAGAAGGGAGCUGGUUUCACCAUCCUUCGCAAUGGUCUCGGUUCUUCGCCCAACCAACCGUUCGAUUUGAUGAAGAGCAUUGCGCCUAAAGCUCCAGCUUCGAACGAUAGUGAGCUCAACUACAUCCCGCUCCCAAGGAACGAUCAAUACCAGGUCUGGCUUUCCAAGCAGGCAAAGGCCCGUGGCGUCAACUACAUCUAUGCUGAUGCAUGGAGUGCUGAUGGUUAUAUGAAGACCAAUGACACUGAUACCUACGGUGGCUACCUCUGCGGUGUCUACAACGCCACGUGCGAGAGCGGCGACUGGAGACAGGCGUACGCAGACAAGAUCGUACAUUACAUUCAGGACUAUGCCGACAAGGGCAUCAAGAUCGACUUCGUUGGCUUCUUGAACGAGCCCGAUCUUUCCACCGCCUACGCCUCGAUGCAGAGCAGCGGGCGCCAAGCCGCCGACUUCAUCAAGGUUCUGGCUCCCACUCUCGAGGAGGCUGGACUUGACACUGAGAUUGCUUGCUGCGAUGGCAGUGGCUGGGAGCAGCAGAGGGAGCGGCUGACGGGCAUCCAGCGCUUCCACCAAGCCAAGAACCUUGGGCUGGUCACCAGCCACGGCUACAGCUCGUACCCAGGCGCACCAUUCCAGACCAAACUCAGGACAUGGCAGACUGAAUGGAGUACGUUCGACGACCUCAACUACAAAUGGUUCACCUCAGAGGGAUUCCAGAGCGACGGUCUGACCUGGGCCAACAACAUCCAUAACCUCUUCGCUGUCAGCAACGUCACUGGACAUUUGUACUGGUGGGGAGCGGCAGAGAAGAACAACACCAAUGAAGGCCUUAUCUAUAUCAACACUACCACCAACGAAGUGAACCCGACCAAGAGAAUGUGGGCUCAUGCUCACUUCGGGAAGAAGUUCAUUCGCGAGGGCGCUGUCCGUAUCGACGCAUCGAGCGGCUCUGCCUCUCUCAACGUGACAGCCUUUGCCAACACUGACGGUACCACGGCCGUUCAGGUCAUUAACAACAGUGACGACGCUCAGCACGUGGCCCUCGACCUUCCAGACCUCAAAGGAUGCUCUGUAGCGACCUACCUCACCAACGAGGACAACGACUUGACGGAAGGCACUGCAAACCUCGGCAAGGGAGGCAAGAAGGCGAAGGCCAUGGUCCCAGGUCGCUCUCUCCUCAGCUUUUACGUCAGUGGAGGUCACUAG